ACACCCAUGAACAAACACCAAGCUGCUGUGCGUGACAAGAAGUGAACUUUCACUUCAGGCGUACGUCUUUCUCUACAGCACUGGGUUUCUAUUGUAGGAAAACUUUAAACUGUAUCCUAUAAAUCCUGACUGCGAGUCCUAACACGACAAAAUGGGGAAAGUGAAUGUCUGUGUGAAAUGGAGUUACAUCACUGUGAUCAGUCUGAUUGGGAUUGCCUGUGUGCUGCUGUUGGCCGCCACCCUGUUUACCCAUGGAUACGUACACAGAGAUGAAAAGGUAAACGAGGCGAUGGCAAUCCUUCAUACCCUGUAUAUUUUCUCCAUCAUAACUCUGAUUUUGACCAUCAUUGGUCUGUAUGGUGCCUGCAAAGAGAAGAAGUGGGCCCUUAUAGUGUUUGCAGUUGGAUUGAUCCUGAGCAGUCUAUUCAUGCUUGUAAAUCUAAUCUAUGGACUGGCCAUGCAACCAAAGAUGGUUGAAGAAAUGAAGAAGCAAUACCUGAAAAUGCUGCCGCUGAAUAAUGCUAGUGAGAUUUUUGUAGAGAUUUUCAAGGAUACACAGAUGGAAUAUCAGUGUUGUGGACUGGAUAAGGGCUACCUGGACUGGGGCUACAACAUCUCAGAAUCCUGCUUGUGCACACAAGAGUCCACUCGUCCAUGUGUGGCAGCUCCUAAGGACAGCAGUCUGUAUGAGCACAGGGUCGAUGACCAGCCCAUCAUGGUUUAUGAAGAGUCAUGCCUUCCAUACUUGAUUGCGGGUAUGAUGACAGCCAUGAAUAUUGGAUUCGGUAUAAACCUGGCAAUCACAUCAUUCUGGGUAUUGUCAGUGGUGCUAUGUAUCAUCAUCUUAUGUCAGCUGUAUAAGAAGGAAGACACUCCUGCAGUGGUCUACAGUCAGGAGGCAAAGGCAGGCAACUACACCGUUCUGAUACACCCUGCAGAGGACACCUGACCAGGAUACAACAAGGAUUCAGUGUUUUUAUGAUGUUUGAAUGUACUGCCUUCAACAAGUGAAGCUGCAUGUAAAUAAAUGUACAUUUCUUUCUGUUUGGGCAGCCUGGAUUUGUCUUUUUGCCCAUGAAACCUUAAUGAAUUUUUGUCAUCCCUGAGGAUUCAUGUUUUUACGACAGGGAAAACUGUGAGCUGUCCAAGAAAAUGUACAGAAACGUUGUAUACUGUAAAACAGUAUUAUGAUAUUAAGUCUGAGACCUACACCCUUUUGCUAGAGGGAUGUCCAGUGUAUCUUCUUCUAAUGUCUUCAGUCAGCAUCAGAUAGUUUAAUUGGGAUGUGUGUUAAACAAUGAAUGCAUUUAAACUUUCCAGGGGUAUUAACAUCCCAGAUAAUUUAGUACAAUUAAUCCCAGAUGUAAGCACUUGUGAGCAGCAAAAGAAGGCGUAUUGUGCGAUAUUCAAAGAGAGUAAAUAAUUCAGCUGAGAUGGUUAAACAUAUGUGGUAUCCAAAAAAAGCACUGGUGAAGAUAUGGCUGCAUAAAUAUAUGUGUUAUGGACACAUUAGAGCUUUAAUAAGAAUGUCUGUACUUUGUGGUUUGAAAGCUUUCAGUAAUCAUCUGUAUUAUAUUCUGCCAAACUUUAAGAAAACUUUAUUUUUUGUAAUCGUUUUAAUUGAUACAUUUUGAUUAAAGAAGCUCCUGGAGCAAAUGUUUUACAGUACCGUUUAAAACCCUGAUACCACAAAAAUGGAGAUGCUGAGUAAAAUGUAAAUAAAAACAGAAUGCAAUGA